AUGUCUCCCUCCCAGAUUCUCGAACCCACCCCCGAGCUGUCCAAGGCUCUGCACGCUAAUGUCGUCUCCGACCAGGCGUCCAGCUCCAUUAUCAACCGCCUGAAGAGCAAGAACAAGGAACUGCAGACGCAGUCGGUCAACACGUACCAGAGGUUCUGGAAGGACUCUGAGAUCAACAACGAGGAGUCGCGCACGGACAUGUACAAGACGCUGACUAACACGUACUACAACCUGGUUACCGAUUUCUACGAGUACGGAUGGGGAGAGAGCUUCCACUUUGCCCGCCGCAGCAUCGGCGAGACACAACGUGAGAGUAUCCGUCGCCACGAGCAUAUUCUCUUCAGUGCCGCUCGGAUUGCCCCCGGCAUGAAGGUCCUGGACGUCGGGUGCGGUGUCGGUGGACCUGCUCGCGAGUGCGUCCGACUUACCGGCGCCCAUAUCACUGGCCUGAACAACAACGACUACCAAAUCCAGCGCGCCAACAUUUAUGCUGCCAAGCAUAAGCAGGAGAAUUUCUCUACCUUUGUCAAGGGUGACUUCAUGGACAUGCCGUUUGAGGACAACUCAUUCGACGCCGUGUAUGCCAUCGAGGCGACCUGCCACGCGCCCGUGCUGGAGGGCGUCUACAGUCAGAUGUACCGCGUGCUCAAGCCCGGAGGAUACUUUGCCAUCUACGAGUGGUGCCUGACGGACAAUUUUGACGAGAACAAUGCAGAGCACAAGAAGCUGGCUCUGGACAUUGAGCACGGCGAUGGUAUUGCCAAGCUGUUUACCGCCAAGGUUGCCUUGCAGGCGGCCAAGAACGCGGGCUUUGAGCUCGAGAUUGUUACGGAUCUUGCUCACGAGACCGUUGCCGGUAACGAGAUUCCGUGGUUUGCCGCCCUCGACAUUGGUGUUGUCAGCUUCAACGGUAUCCAGGGCUUUGCUCGCUCGCAGGUCGGCCGUGUAUUUACCACCAAUGCCGUUAAGCUGCUCGAGAAGGUUGGCAUUGCCCCUGCUGGCACUGUCCAGGUCCAGGACGUCCUGCUCACUGCCGCCGAUGCUCUAGUCGCUGGUGCCAAGAAGGAGAUAUUUACGCCCAUGUACCUUAUCGUUGGCCGCAAGCCCUUGAACUAG